AAUAUUAUUCAUAUAACGCUGUAAGUUGCUUGAAAGUGAGAUUGACGUCUUAGUUUUAUAACAUCUGAGAGGUCUUGAAUGACGUUUGCACCGGUGUUCGUAAGGUGUAAAAAUGCGAGUGUCGGAUUAUAUUUUGAAAAUCAUCGAGUCUUAUGGAGCAGAUACCGCUCAGGUUGACGCUGAAACUCACAGGAGGAUAACUUUCAAUGAGAUACGGUGCAAAUGCGCCGCAUUAGCAAGAUGGUUCCACGCAAAAAACAUCGGCAAGAGGCACACAGUUGGCUUGAUGAGUUCAAAUAACGAUGACUUCGUUUGGAUUUUAUUAGGUGUUUGGGCCAGCGGAGCAGCCUGUCAUUUAAUCAGUCGAAAGUCAACAUUACAUGAGGUCAUGCAUAAUCUUGACAUAGCUCCAGUUGAUUGCUUACUGUUGCCAAAGGGUGAACUUAAGAGACUGGCCUGCCCAAAAAUAAAUGCAGCAAAGUAUAUACUCGAAUUUGGAGAGGACAAGACACCAUGUAGCGAGGGAGCAAUUGCAUUGGAAGGUGCGCUGGAAGACUUUCAAAAAGACGAACAGUGCAUUCAAUUUCCGCUGGUGAAUAAAAAAUUGCAGAGUGAGACUGAAAAUGAAGCUAUGCAAAGCAAAUCCAGCAAUAUUCCCGAUGAUGUUGCUCUCAUUCUAACCUCUAGCGGGUCUACAGGUCUACCAAAAGGCGUUAUGCUUACACAUGAUAAUAUAAUAGCGGCUCUGAAAUUAAGUCAUCAAUACAUCGAAAAAAGUACCAUCGCACUUGGUUUAAUGCCUUACACCCAUGCCUAUGGCCUGACUACAAUGCUCAUGUGCUUAUGCGAGGGUGCACUUAUUGUAAACAUGGCAAGUUUCUCUUUUCUCAGUUGGAUCAACACAAUUAAAGAAUUCUCGGCGAGUCAUCUGCAUUUAGUGCCAUCUCUAUUGCUGUCCUUACUGAAGUCUAACUCGGUCAAUUUUGGUGACUUGAAAUCUGUGCGGAAAAUUUGGUUGGCUGCGGCUCCUAUUUCGGAAGAAGAAUGCUCAAAGCUAAAGAAGAAAUUUUUGCAGCCGGUUCAAAUUUACAGGGCGCUCGGUCUCACCGAAACAACUUAUAUCAGUGCCGUCGGGGAAAUCAUACCCGGAAAACCAAGGCGUAUCGGAAAAAUUGUCGAAACCAUGCAAUGCAAGAUAAUCGAUAAGGACAGUGGGGAUGAUUUGCCCUUGAAUACAGUCGGCGAAGUGUGCUUCAAGGGACCAAUGGUAACUAAUGGCUACGUGAAUAAUCCAAAAGCUACAGCCGAGGCUAUCAGUGCAAGCGGCUGGUUGCGAACGGGUGAUCUCGGGUUUCUCGACGAAGAUGGAUGCUUGAACUAUGUUGAGAGGAUGAAAAAUAUCAUAAAAUACCAAGGACAACAGAUUUCUCCUUGCGAAUUACAAACAGUUUUAAACUCUCACCCGGAAAUAAAAGAUGCUGCAGUUAUUGGAAUCCGUCAUGAAAUAUUUGGAGAAGUUCCUCGGGCGUUCAUUGUGCCACAAGAUCAUUCUAAGAUCAUCGCCCAAGACAUUCAUGAUUACAUGAAAGAGAUGGUGGCUCCGUCUAAACAGCUUAGGGGAGGCAUUGUUUUUCUCUCAGAGCUUCCAAAAAUCACAAUUGAAAAGUUUAAUAGAGGAGCGCUACUUGUUUUGGAGCCUGAGACAAUAUUUUAUGAUCAAACUUUACAAGAAAGAAGUGCAUGCACACCAUGA